AUGCGCGCUGCCUUGAUGCAAGCACUGGAGAAACUCAGCAUUUACAAGCAGGAUCCCAGCUCCUUCCGAAGAUUUGCUGAGAAGACCCGUACCUUCCUUUACGACCUGUCCAGAAUUGGAGAAUCCGCGACGGCGGACGUGAUCGAACGUUUAUGUCUGAAGUUGCCCUUUGCCGACCGGUUGGCAUGGAACACCGAUCGGGGAGGUGAUCUGGAACGACGUUCUCUGAAUGAGUUUGGCAAUUGGCUAUGUCAGAGAGCUAUGGCUUAUCAAAACGCUUAUACCAUAGCAGCAGAACAGCCACAAGAGUCUCAACCACGACCAAAGGAGAGGUUUUCCAUAAGAUCGCAUGCGGCCAAUGCUGACAGUAAUCGAAAUCUGAGCGGUGGGAAAGCAGCCACACCCUUUUAUUGUUUCAAAUGCGAAGGCCGACAUCCGAUAGAAACCUGUGCCCAGUUUAAGGAGCUGACCAGUAAAGAGAGGCUGCUCUUUUGUAUGCGGCACAAAUUAUGCUUAUACUGCUUCGGGACAAAUCAUACAUCACGAGAAUGUAAGAUCAAGAAACAUUGCAACGUCACUGGGUGUAAGCACUGGCAUCACGUUCUUUUACACGAUGAGAACGUUAAACCAGAGAGCGGCUCCAAUUUGGCAACUGCCCGGUGCAACGCGACGCAAAUCAAGACAGCGGUGGGGAUGGUCCAAGCGCAAGUGUACGACGUCGACGGGAAUAUCGUACUAGCCAAUGUUUUCCUGGAUGAAGGGAACGACAGCACUCUCUUCCGAGAAGGUUUCAUCCGGAAGCUGAGAUUAGAUGGGACACCACACACGCUCCCAGUCGACGGCGCUGGAGGCAUGAGAAGUAAAUAUGCAUCCAGACGUGUACAAGUACGACUCCGUUUCUUCGAUGGAGAAGAAGAGACACUGAAGGGUUCUACCUUACCUACAGUGGCGAGUCCAGCUCCUGUGCUGGAAUGGAGUGCACUGAAACAGAGGUGGAAACAUCUCCAAGACCUUCCGUUGCAGCCAAGCGGAAGGAGAGUGGAUAUUCUAUUGGGGAGUGAUCAAGCUUACUUCACGACUACCCUGGAAUCCCGAAUCGGAAAGAAGUUCGAGCCAACUGCAAUACUUACACGAUUGGGUUGGAUCGUACGUGGAGUCCUCGGAAGUGGACUCCUGGAAGCAGUAGUUAAGAGCCAUGCCAUUUUCGCAGCAGACGAGGACGUAGACGUUCUAGUUCAGCAGAUGAAACGAUUCUGUGACAGUGAAGAAUUCGGCACCGAACACCAGAUUCCCGGCAUGUCCGAGUCGGAGAAACAAGCAGUGCAGAUACUGGAGGCAGGUACCCGAAGAUUGGACGUCGGAUACGAGGUCCCUAUUACGUGGAAAACCGGGGAGCCGAACCUUUCGAAUAACCGAAGUCUGGCAGAGAAAAGGAUGAAAUCUCUGCUACGCCGAUUCUACGAAGACCCCAUAUUUGAAGAAGACUAUCGCCAGGCGAUGGAGAAUAAUUUUAAGAUGGGAUAUGCGGUCUACGUCGAAGAUCCAUCCGAUAGUCAGCCGGAAUAUUACCUAGCUCAUCACGGAGUGAAAAAGGGUAAAAAAUGGCGAGUCGUUUUCGACGCCGCAGCAAAAUUCAAUGGAAGAUGUUUGAACGACAGCAUCCACAGUAGUCCAGCGCUACAGAAUUCGUUAACGUCCGUCAUCAUCAAAUUUCGUGAGGGAGAAAUCGCUUUGGCAUCCGACGUAGAGGCGAUGUUUAGUCGCAUUCGUCUUAGGACCGAAGACUCACGUUUUUUUCGUUUUCUGUGGAACCGAAGAGGGGAGACGGAAUCGCGAGUAUGUGAGAUGCGGAGACUACCGUUUGGGGCCACCUGUUCCCCAUUUAUUGCAAUCGCCACUACUCGAAGAGCAGCAGCUGAUUUUGCCGGACCCUCGUUCGUGUCCAAAGCCAUUGAACACAAGAUGUACGUGGACGAUUAUUUGAGUUCAGCGAAGACAAUCCACCUUGCCAUUCAAGAAGCGACUGGAGUUCAAGAGGCGUUGGCGGCAGGUGAUCUACAUCUCCAAGGAUGGAUCUCAAAUUCCGUUGAGUUCUUGAACCUGCUGUCCGUCGACGUCAAAGCUAGUCUCGUUGAAGAACGUUCCCUUGACGGAGACCAUGAAGAAAAGGCGCUUGGGGUGUACUGGAAUCCUACUACCGACGUGGUCACUUUUAAAGGGAUGGCCGCUCCCAUGACACUGAAGGCGAAGGUGAAACUCCGAGAGCUUCAGAUCCAAGGGCUUCAAUGGACCGACGAGGUGACCGGAGAGGCAGAGCAGUGGUGGAAGAAAUGGUUCGAGACAUUGAAGCAGCUCAACGACUUAGAGAUUCCACGUUGUCUAUUCGAGAGGGAAGAUUUCAUCGUUCGGACGGAGUUGCACAGUUUCGGAGACGCUUCAGAAGAGGCGUACGCUGCAGUUGUUUACCUGAGAAACGUGUACGUCGAUGGAACGGUGUUAGUCCGACAUGUACGAGCGUCGACGAAGCUUGCUCCGAAAAAGACGAUUUCCAUCCCUAAACUCGAAUUGAACGCAGCCUUGCUGGCGGCUAGAUUGGUGCGUACCGUACAAAUGGCUUUCACUCGUACCAUUCACGCACGUUAUUUGUGGACGGACAGCAGUACCGUUCGAAACUGGAUCAGAGCAACUGCAUCCAAAUACCAAGUGUACGUCAGUCACCGUAUAGGCGAGAUUCAAAUGUUGACAGAGGUACAGGAGUGGAGGUUUCUGCCAGGUCGGAUUAAUCCGGCAGACGUUGCGACCCGUUCCACGCUCGGAGAAGAGAUCUUUCCGUCUUACUGGUGGUGUGGCGUAGAAUUCCUACAACAUCCCGAAGAUCGUUGGCCAGCUGAUCGGACCUGGAUGGUGGAGGUUGAAGAGAUUCGGCCGGUUCGUACUAACGUGGUCCAGUGCGAAUCGUCGUCGCUGGACUGGGAGAAGAUGAAGAUUACAGUUGAGGAGAUCCCAGCGUUGGUGAAGCUGCAAGACCCCUUCAACGAACUUGUACGACGGUGUCAAGAGGAGGUGUAUUCUGCAGAGCUUAGUUGUCUCCAAGAGGGAAAGUGGAUCCCUUCCACCUCAAGUCUGUUAACGUUAUCACCGAUACUCGGAAGAGAGGGAUUAAUUCGGCUAGGGGGUAGAGCUGGACGCGCUCAACUGCCUUACGAAGAAAUUCAUCCUCCUGUACUCCCAGCAGGACAUAAGUUUACCGUGAACGUUGUCAGGGCUUUCCACUUGAUGCUCAAACACGUCGGGACUGACUACCAAAUUAGUUUCAUUAGACAACACUUUUGGAUUCCCCGCGGUCGGGAAUUCGUCAAGAAGGUUCGUCGGGAAUGCACCGUUUGUCGAAGAGAGCGAGCCAAGCCGGACGAGCACCUCAUGACGGAACUUCACAGAUCACGUUUGGAAGCAGGAACCCCGCCUUUCACCCGAACAGCUUGCGAUCUGUUCGGUCCACUGGACGUAGGCCUGUCAAGAAAUAGAACCGCCAAAAGAUGGGGAGUUCUAUUUAAGGGCCUGGUAACCCGCGCAGUUUAUUUGGAGUUGGUGACGUCUUUAUCUUCAGAUGAUUUCCUCCUCAUCUUACGUCGAUUCAUUGGUCUGUAUGGUCAACCCGGAGUUUUCCAUACUGACAACGGGACCAAUUUCGUAGGAGCAGAACGUGAACUGAGAGAAGCAGCUGAAGCCCUAUUCGCCGAUCCAAAGUUAGCAGAUUUCAUCUGGAGCAAGCCGAUGGAAUGGAAAUUCCAACCUCCCAGAACGCCAGACUUCGGCAGUGCUAAUGAAUCCCUCGUUAAGUCGACUAAAAGGGCACUCUACCGAGCGUUAGAUGCAGAGAAAUUGAAGUUGCAGUAUCCGUCUGAAGAAACGUUACGUACUUUAUUAUAUGAAGUAGCCGGCUUAUUGAACGGGCGACCGCUGACAGCCGCGAGCAAUGAUCCAGCCGGUUUCCGACCGUUAACUCCGACCAACUUUCUGAACCGGGUCAACACGGCGUGCCCACCCGUCGGCCACUUUGAGGACGCCCUACCUCGAGAGAGAUACAGAUACUUGCAACGUGUACUCAAUCUGUUUUGGGACAUUUGGAAGAAAGUUUAUUUGCAGUAUUUGGUUUCCCGUUCCAAAUGGAAGAACCCGAAACCUAAUUUCGCUGUUGGAGAUGCGGUACUCGAAAACGACAGCUCUUUGAGAAGAAGCCAGUGA